ACCCGGUGCUCCCCGACAGGCCCGGUUUGCGGGGGCCCUUAAUGUAAACCUGUCUGCGUAGAGUCUUCGAUCCGGAGUGAUUUGAGCACGAUGGCUAAAGCCGGCCUCAGAACAGUUUUCGUGACAGUCGGCACGACACAGUUUGACGAUUUGGUGACGGAGGUGACCAAAUUAGAAACGGUGCAAUUGCUCAGUGGCUGUGGCUACUCGAAGAUAGUGGUACAGUUCGGUUCGGGAACGAUUCCGAAAAUAAAGCAUCGCGCUGUUUCUUUCUUCGAUUUCAAAAGCAGUCUUGAAAACGACAUGAGAGCCGCUGAUUUGAUUAUCAGCCAUGCCGGCGCAGGGAGUAUUCUCGAAGCCGUUCGUCACCGCAAAUCCAAAUUGAUCGUAGUCGUAAACGAAAAACUCUUGGACAACCAUCAGCUGGAAUUGGCUCGCGCCAUGGACUCAAACGGCUACGCUGCGUGCACCACAGUAGAAAAACUCGCCGAAACCAUUCAGCGGGUGCAGGAUGAGGUUUUUGUGCCCUUUCCUGAACAAGACAAGAGCAAGUUCCCAGAGGUGCUCAACAACAUUCUCGGAUGGAGAUAGACCCCGGGCGACAAGAGCUCAACGCGGUCAUUGACUGAUUUUUUCACCGACUCACACCGUCAUCUCCUAGUCGCCUGUGAGGAACAACAUCGGAGGGCUCGCCGGUGCCCGAUUGGCACGCAUGGAUCUGUCAUUGGUGUGUACCAGGGGGUCGCACGGGGACU